GCCGCCGCCGCCCCCGAGUUCCCCGCCGCCGGCCCCCGGCUCAGAGGGGCUGUGCGGGGCUCCGCCAGGGGCCGCUUUCGGGAAUUCGGUGUUCGGCCGUAGGAUGUCUCAUCACCCUUAUCUCCAUCUUCCAUUUCUGAGGGGGCCCCGGACCCACUCCUGGAGCCACCUCCCGCGGCUCCUGUCCGGACUUUGCCCCGACGCUGGGCGUGCCAUGGGGCGAAGCCAGCAACCCCCCGGCGUGCUGCGGGCCUGCGAUCAGCGCCUUCUAUCUGCCCCACACGGGGACAGCGAGGUGGGGACAGAAAAAAGGCGGCCGGGGCCCGGGCCCUGAGGCGCUCCGGGGGCCGUGAGGAUCGGUGCCGAGGCCCCGUGCCGCCCCGGCAGUGGCCCGCUGCUGUGGGGCGGUGUCGUUCGCUGGCGUAAUGCAGGGCAGAGAUACGACGGAACACACUUUACAUUAACUUUCUGUAAUCCAACACACUGGUUUAUUGUUAGUUCGCAUGUAAUAGUUCAGGAGGGGUGGGGCGCCGCGCCCAACUCCGCAAACCCGCCCCCCUCCCGCCCUGGGGGCGCUCUGCCUCCGCGCCGCAGCUGCCACUAAGGUGGUUCCGGAGCGAGGGGCGGGAGCCGGGCCGAGCGCCGCUCCGAUUGGAGGAUCCGCCGCACCAGGAUCCGCCCCCCGCGCGGGGACCCACCAAUGGGCAAGGGCGGCGCGGGGUAGCACCGCGAGAGUAGCGCUGAAGCUGGUGCCGCCAUCUUGGAGUUGGGAGAGGCCGCGUCCCGUUGCUGUCCGUCUCGGAGGGUCACUGGCGGGGGGGAGGGGGAGGAUGGUGGCCCGACGGUGAGCGAACAGCACCCGAGAGCCCCUCCUAGCGCCGCUGGGCGGCGGCGGCCGCGGGGCCGGCGGGAUGGUGCAGUCGUGUUCCGCCUACCGCUGCCGGAACCGAUACGACAAAGAGAAGCCCAUCUCCUUCCACAAGUUUCCUUUGACCAGGCCCGAUCUGUGCAAGAAAUGGGAGGCGGCGGUGAAAAGGAAAAACUUCAAGCCCACCAAGUACAGCAGCAUCUGCUCGGAGCACUUCACGCCCGACUGCUUCAAGCGGGAGUGCAACAACAAGCUGCUGAAGGAAAACGCUGUGCCCACUAUAUUCUGUUACACUGAGCCCAGUGAAAAGGCUGAAGAAUUUUCAGAGCAGCCAGAAGAUCCGCUGCCACCUCCACCACCACCACCUCCACCUCCACCACCGCCACCACCGCCACCUGCAGCUCCCAUGCUACCAUCGUCUCCAUCAGCUCCUCCUUUUCAUUUAUCUCAAAUAGAUGCUAGAUUUGUAGAUCCAAGUAUUGGAUUAUUGAUGCCUCCUCUCCAGACCCCUAGCAAUCUUGCUGUUUUUUGUGAUCACAAUUAUACUGUAGAAGAUACAGUUCAUCAGCGAAAAAGAAUUCAGCAGCUAGAAGAACAAGUUGAAAAACUACGAAAGAAGCUCAAGACAGCGCAACAGCGAUGCCGACGUCAGGAAAGACAAAUUGAAAAACUGAGAGAGAUUGUUCAGUUUCAGAAAGAAAAAGACAUCCUGGCAGGAAAAGGCUAUGUGAUUCUGCCCAAUGACUAUUUUGAAGUCGUAGAAGUACCUGCAUAAAAGACAUGAGCAUCCGUUUCCACUUUGCUAGGCUAAGAAGUUUAGUUUAAAAACUAAAUGCUCUCUAAUUCCGUGUGUGAGACUCUUCCAGAAUCCUAAACCAGCAAAUAAGCUGUCAUACAUAGGAGAUCACAUUUUUUCUUUGUUUUCAUUUAAGUUUGAUGUGUUUUUCAUAUAAUGGAAAUGUAAACAUCUCAGAAUUAGAAUGCGCGUUUAUUUUUUGAAAUAGGUAUUGCUUUACAGAAGGAAAGGAUGCAUGGUUAAAUACACUUAAAAUCUGUACUUUUUUUUCUCCUUUUAA